AUGACCUCGGCCGGGGACGACAAGUUCACCUUCAUCGAGGGCGUGAAGAACCCGCACAGCUGCACGGUCUUGAUCCAGGGCUCCACGGAUCACGCGAUUGCGCAGAUGAAGGAUGCCAUCAAAGAUGGGCUGCGCGCCACCCAGAACUGCGUUGAGGACGAGGCCAUCGUUCCCGGCGCCGGAGCUUUUGAGAUUGCCGCCCACGUGCACCUGGAGCAGUUCAAGCGAACUGUGGAGGGCAAGCCACGUUUAGGAGUGGAAAUUUUUGCGAAGGCGCUGCUAGUGGUGCCGAAGACACUCCUGGAGAACUCUGGCUUGGAUGUCCAGGACAAGCUUCUCAGAGUGCUCGCCGACCGCGAGAACAAGCAUCGAGUAGUCGGCGUCAGCGUGGCGAGUGGUGACCCUAUCGACCCUGCCAUCGAGGGUAUUUACGACAACUUCCUGGUGAAGAAGCAGAUGCUUGGCCUGGCACCAGUGCUGGCUGAGCAGCUUUUGCUCGUGGACGAGGUCAUCCGAGCUGGCAAGUCCAUGAAGAGCGAUGGCGGUAUGCAGGGAUAG